AUGGAAUGGAUGCUGUUACACGACAUUGUGGUCCUGGGGUAUGAUGAAAAAGGUAACACUAAGGGUGAUCCUGCUGUUCACCUGAAGCCUGAACGGCUGAAGUGGGACAUUCCUGAACCAGCACUGGCAGCCAUUGAUGUUUCAAUGAAGGUUGCUCAAGCACUAAUCGACGACGUCGAGAUGGCUCUUUUAGUUUUCACAGAUUAUGGCAAAGGAUUCAUUAAGAAACUGGGUGUUUCUCCAGAUGCCUAUCUUCAGAUGGUUUUGCAGUACACUUACUACAAGAAUCAACAGAAGUUCUGCCUCACCUACGAGGCUUCAAUGACACGACUAUACCGUGAAGGGCGUACUGAAACUGUGCGAUCAUGUACAACCAGAUCCAAAGCAUUUGUCCUUUCUAUGGUUGAUCCAUCAAAGACGCGUGACGAGCGACUCGCUCUACUGAGGAAAGCAUGUGAUUACCAUCAAGAUUUAUACCGAGAUGCAAUGUGUGGGAAAGGUGUUGACCGGCACUUAUUUGCGCUAUAUGUGAUCAAGCGAUACCUUGAAGAAGAAUCUCCCUUCUUCGACCGGGUUUUCCCUCCAACGUAUCUCCUGUCUACCAGUCAGACUCCACUGAACCAAGUUCAAAUCGAUAUUGCCAAGUAUGGUAUGGAACCUGAGCGAAGGAGCAAACUUGUUACAGCUGGUGAAUGUUUCGAAGCGUGCUCUGGCGGAUGCACAGGGCCUGGUCCAAAGGAUUGUGUACGAUGCAAAGGCGGUUGGUUUAACUCUCCUGAGGAAGGAUGUGUAGACAUAAAUGAGUGCGAAACUGAAAACAGAUGUCCUAAGCCGCACGAGGAAUGCAUCAAUACACCUGGUGCAUACAAGUGCUCAUGUGUCCAUGGAUAUAAGAGAGAAGGAGGAAAAUGUGUAGUAGAUGUUGAAGCGAAACCGCACCGUUCACUGAUACCUCCGGACACAUUAUUGAAGGCGAUCUCUAUGACGAGUUUGGCGAUUAUCAUCGGGUUUGUGAUCUGGCGGCGUUCAGUGCCACUCCUGGUCUUGUCAGGCAUUGCCGUGGCGCUGAUCAUCUUCAUAGACAUGAACGUCAAUCCUGAAACAAUUCCGGAUGAUGCAAAGAAAUAUCUAGGACUGUAG